AUGGUUGUGUCCCCAUUUCAAGCCAUUUUGGAUUAUGAGAUAGCCAACAAGAUUCCUACUGGGUGGGUGAAUUUCAGCAUUUCGCGCACGUCGCCCAAUGGUAGCUGGCACAAACUCGAGCGAGGUGAAAUAAAAGUGGACGCCGACUUUUUCACUGCAUUUAACCGAGACCUAAAAAACCCAGACCUAUGGAAGCAAUUCCAUGAAAGGCAUCAAAAGAUGCAGACUACCGCUAGUUCAGCGCUUCCUCCAUUGCCUGAGCUAGAUGCAGAAUGGCUUUUUUGGGAAAUGAUGCGGACAUCCCGGGAACCAGACCCCUAUAUGUUUCCUGCACUACGGAAAUUGAAGGAAUCGGGUGAAUUUAUUUUAGGAGCUCUAUCAAAUACGGUUCCAUUUCCAGAAGGUCACCCAUACAACAAGGAUGCCAACAGUAUCAGAGCACCCUUUGACUUUUUCAUUUCAUCCGCGCAUACAGGUCUGAGAAAACCAGACCCGAAAAUAUACAAUGUUGCACUAGAAGAAAUGAAUACGCUGGCGAAGAAAAGAGGCAUAUACGGUUUCCGUUCUUCCGAUGUAGUUUUCUUUGACGACAUCGGGGAGAAUCUAAAGGGGGCAAAGAAUGCCGGGAUGAGAACGGUCAAGGUCACCCUUGGCCGGACGCAAGAUGCAGUCAAGGAAUUAGAGAGAAUCACCGGUCUUCAGUUAUUGGAUUAUGAGGGCAAGGCUAGACUAUAG